CCUUAAUUUAUUAUUUGUACUUUUUUGUAAAAAAAACUAUAUCUAAACAUAUUGUUGCGCACUGAGUUAUGAAUUGCGAAUUAUGCAUAAUUCCUUUGCGAAGGACAAAAUCAUAUAGUAUUUACGACGAGUUUUUUGAUGACAAACAUCGUUUGGUUGAUGUAAUAGAAAAAUAUUUGCAAAUGCAGCUUAAAUCCACGGAAUCUCAAUCUUCAUUUCUUUGUCAAUCAUGUUAUACACACUUGGACGAUUUCCACAAGUUUGCCUUGCUAGUAAAGGAAAAACAAGAAUCGCUGAAUGAUAUACCUACAAUAAAACUUGAAGAUUCCGAUGAUGAAGAACAUGAAAUUGGGUACAUACGCGAUACCGAUGUUUUAGUGGAAUUUAAGACUGACGGAGAUAUGCAAGACGACGAUGCGGCGGACAUGCAAGAGGAUUUACUAAUUCCAGCCGCUGGCUAUGCAAAUGGUACAGAUUAUUACAAUGACAGCAGAUCCGGUUUUGAAUAUAAUUCGUCGUGGCUUACAGGAAAUGAUAGAAUGUUCAAAUCCAAGAAUUGUUCCCCUAAAACACCAGUGCGCAAAACUCCUUAUAAAACACAUACUCCAGAAGAUCGGUCACGAAUCGUCGAUGCUGCUAAUCGCGGAGAUGAUUGGUCGGCUUUGGCUUCAAGACUAGGAGUAAAAUAUAAAACAGCCUACACUUGGGUCUCGACAAGCCGCAAGGAAAUGUUUUUAAAAAGUGGAAAAACUUCGUUCACUGAAGAUGAAAUUCAAACUAUAAUACAGUGGAUAGAAGAAAAUCGCCAAAUGACAUUGAAGGAAAUCGUUGCGAAAGUCAAGAGCCAUUUAAAAAAAGAUGUGUGCGUAUAUUUCGUGGAGGGUACACUCGAAGGUCGUCUGUAUCAGCACAGGCGUUCCCAGGAUUACCAUCCGCAUCUUAUGAAUACAAUCGAAAAUAAAAUGAAACGUUCCGAAUAUGUAAAGACGUUAAAGUAUUAUAUGGAUUUAAAAAAGAGUAUUAUUUGGCUGGGAGAAGCUAAUUUCAAAAUGUUUUGCCGUCGCGCCAAGGGACGUUUCAACACAAACUCAACCAUUUAUGCAACAUGCGAUCCCACUAUAUAUAUGAUGGGAGCUAUAUCGCAUGAUGGCGUACUAGAUCUAAAGCGUAGCCGAACGCGUAUAAGACCUGAAGAGAUUUUUAAAGAAUGGAUGGAGACCAAACGUGACAAUAUUACUAAUUUUGUAAUUGUAUGUGAUAGUGACUAUUGUUUUUCUGAACUGGAUGAGUACUUUAAUAAUUCCGAUGUGACACUCCUAUUGCUAAGUCCUUAUUCCUGCACCUUAAAUCCUUUAGAAAUUAUUUGGGAAAAUAUUAAAACGAAUAUUAAAAGCCAAUCAAACAUUUCCCAUUUCAUUCCGAAUGACCUUAAAGAACAACGUCUUUUGGUGGCCGAGAAAUGCAUCGAUGAUAUGUUGCCUAAUAUUACCGUAGAUGAUUGUCAGAAUGCUAUCAGAAAUGCAAAUAAACGUAAUAAAGAUAUAAUGGAUAUGCUGGAUAUGCCAGUUUAUUAAGCAUUUUAAGUAGAUGUACCGUUAUACUACUUCUUUACACAUUAAAAAAUGUGCAAAGCAAGUGUGGUGAGAAGUAUUAAACUAUAAUAAUUAUUUAGAUUUUAAAAGAAGAAAUAUUGAAUAGUUAUUUAGUUACAUAAAAGAAUAUUUAUUACAUUCAAAUAAAUUGAGUACAAAUUAUUUAUUGAAAA